UCAUAGUCGUCUCUCAGAUCUCAGAUCUCAUCUCAUCUCUUUCCCUCUCUUUUUCUCUCUCUCUUUCUCUCUCUCUUGAGAUUGGAGAUCUGAGAUCUGAGAGACGACUAUGAAUUCGGGCCUCAGUGACGCGUUGUGUACAAGACGAACGCAGUCUAUUGCAGCAUUUGUGGACAGCAUACGUCAUCUAGCGGCGCAAGGCAGCGGCUCGAUGGACAGCAUACGUCAUCUAACGGCGCGCGUCGCAAUUUUGCUUCAAAAUGGCGUCGUAUCAGUUGCCUUCGCGAUAAUGGCGAUCAGACCGUUGUGGCCGGAUCUGCGUCCACGGGCGACCGAUCCGCUUUGGUUUAACGCUGACCGGCCGUGCGACGACGAGAGCGAAGUCGCCGCCCUCGAAGCGGAACACCAAGCUUGGAGAGACCACGUUCGUGUACAAGGCUUCGAACACAUCCCGAUUGGAAAAACAAUGAGCGAUUUUCGAGGAUCGGAAGGAGAGGAAGAAGAAGAGGAGGAAGAGGAGGGUGAGGGUGAAGAAGAAGAUGAAUCGGACACUCAUGAAGAAGAGGAAGAGGAGCUUGACGAGAUUGAUAUGGAAGUCAGUUACACUCAUCAUCCGCAAAGAUCGAGUCCAACUGACACUGUUACCGCGCCUGUGUCUAUCAGGAUGGUCAAUGCAACAAACUUAACUCGUUAUUCCUAAUUACCUACGUGUCAGCUUGGAUAUGUUUCGACAUAAAACUUGUACGUAAUUACAUAUUCAAUUCUCUUUACAUUUUUCGUUUUUGCAUAGAGUUCUUUACAAAAGAGUUUUCUUUGUUUGUUAGUUAAAUUUUGUAAUUAAUAUUAUAUUUAAGUAAAUUAUUUGGAGUAGAUAUAUAUAUAGGGAUUUAAUAGGAGAGAUCGUAUUGAUCUCGGACACGUAUAUGGUUUAUAUGUUAGGAUGUGAAUAAAUAAUUAUUUUUUAUUCCUGA